AGGGCCAGUGGUGCAGAUGCUGGUCUCUGUGAUGCACUCUUAUUUUCACUCACUCCAGUCUGGGUCUGUCAUGAUGGUGUCUUGAUGUCCCUUAGAGUGGAGAUGAUCCCCAAGCUGACAGCUGCUGUGCUUCUGCUGAGUCUGUGUUUGGAAGGCUGCUCCAGCCAGCACUGGUCCUAUGGCUUGCGCCCUGGAGGAAAGAGAAACGCUGAACACUUGGUUGAUUCUUUCCAAGAGAUGGGCGAGGACGUGGAUCAGCUGGCAGAAGCCCAGCACUUCGAAUGCACUGUCCACUGGCCCCGUUCGCCCCUCAGGGAUCUACGAGGAGCUCUGGUGAGUUACAGUGGUCACCGCGGAGAGCUAGAGUCAGAAAGGAGUUGGGAAACAGUGACCUACCACCACGUCAGGGCUACCCGAGUCACUCCUGCAGCAGGGCCCUCGAUAUCUUACAGUGUCCACUCUGCUUAGAUAGCACUCAUGUUUGGAAACUAUUUUUGUUCUGAAAUAGAUUUAAAUGUCUAUAUAACCAUUUAUACUAAUCCCAGAUUCAGCCUUUGGAAUGACCAGCAAAUUUCUGCCCACUGUAAUCCUCCAAUUUUUCAAAGAAUAUUCAACCCCUCAGCUACUCAUUUCUGAGCCGAUUCCUGCCCUCGGCUUGAUUCAGCCAUUGCUUCCAGGACCCUGGGCACUGUAGAAACCAAAAACAAGGCUCUAGGUCACUCCUCUGCUUUGGAUUACAAUAGUCAAAACUUACAACGUUUAUAACUCAGAACCACAGGUUUGACUUGUAGUUUUGUUAGGCCUAAGUGCCCACCAUUCUCAUUCUGUCUCCCCUCUGUCCUCUGGGUACUGGGUAUUGAUCCCAGGUAAGAUCAUGUACCAACAGGCACUGUACCACUGGAUUAUAUCCUUAGCCCUCCUCCUACUUAAAAAACUAAGUCUUUUUAGUGUGAGACAGAGUCUCACUUUCUCAGGCUGGCUUCAGACUGGCGCAGCCCAAGCUGGACUUGAACUUGAGGUUCCCUUCAGUCUCCAGAGAAGCUACAGUUACAGGGGUGUGUAACCACUCUGGCUGUGAUACUGGUUGUUCAUGAGCACAGACGUAGGAAACAAACUGAACGGGAAAACUGAACCUAGAAUUGAGUGUCAGUGUUGUGGGAGCCGCUUUCCUGCUCAUUCACGGCACUCAGAAAGCCUAUGGCCAACUGCCCGUGACUCAGAGGAGCAGGGAAAUCAAUCCUCGGGAAAUGAUGCCUGAAGAUAAGAUUGAUUGUUAAAAAUUUUCUCCAUUGACUUCAAAUUCCACCCAGUGGACAAUGAUGAAGGUAGGCAGACAUCUCUGUUUCUUUCUUGUUCUAAGCUUGCUUAUAGCCCAAUCAAAAUAACGAGCUGAAAUUCCCCAGACAUGGCAUCCUGAGGGACUCCAUGGAAAGGCCGAUUUGACCCAGAGCCUUCCUCACAAUGUCGUCCUUUUAGCCAUGAAUGCAGAUUUUAGGAUGUCAACAGCUACAAGACACUGUCGGACUGCCAUGUUUCUAGUACUUUUGAAUGAAUGACAGAUGCACCUGUUCUUCUUCGAUCUGAAUUUUAGAAAAUACAUGUCAGAAACAAUGAAAUUCAGCUAGUCAUGCCAACAUUGAUGUGCGUGUUAUGUAUUUUUCAGGAGAGUCUGAUUGAAGAGGAAAGCAGGCAGAAGAAGAUGUAAAUGCAUUGGCCCCGAAGGAUCCACAACGUCCAAGUAUGACGUGGACAUUGAAAGUUGUAGCUGUGUGGCUUUCGGCAUUUGUAUGCCCAGCAGCAUGGAUUUCGGAAUAAAGUGAUGUGUUGUGGAUCAAGUACUGUGAUGUGCCUCUGACUCUGAGCUCAGGAUGCUCUUUUAAACUUCCUUUUUUUUUUUAAUUCUUUGUGUCUUUCACAUCAUGCAUCUUGAUCCCAUUCAUUUCCUGUCCCUUCCAUAUCUUCCCUCUGCCCUUGGCAAC